AAAUGCAACCGAUUCGACUCGCAUCGCCAUCAGCCAACGAUGCUGCUGCUGCUGCUAGGCGUACCAAAAUACAUGCCCUUUAUGUGCGAUGCGUUUGACAUUUGUGUGGUUUUGUGACCGCGUUUCGGCUUGUCGGCGAUCGAUAAGCAAGUGCUGGACUGGGCGCGAAAUGUGUUAAGUAAUAACGAGAAAGUGUUGUUUAAAUCAUCGAAAACAAACUCGCGCAAUGUGCUGUUGUUGGCAGUGAACACCAAAGUGCAGACCGAGAGCGUGAUCGUUCGACCGACUGAUAAGGGUGUCCCCGAAACAAACCAUAACAAUGCUUUCACGCGGCAAUACUGCACCGAUGUUCUUCCGGAUACUGUCCAAGUUUCCUCAAAGCUUCUCCUUCUGCUUUGCGUACGGGUCCGGCGUAAAGCAGCAGCUCGGAUACGAAUCCGUUCGGUCGAAGCGCAACAUGAUCGACCUCAUAUACGUGGUGGACAAUGCUCACCGAUGGCACACGGCUAACCUGGACCAAAACUUCGAGCACUAUUCCGGCAUGCGCUUGCUGGGCGGUGACGUGAUCGCCAAGUACCAGGAAACGUUUGGGGCACGCGUUUACUUCAACACGCUAGUGCAAAUCCCCGACGAGGACGUUAUCAUCAAGUACGGUGUGGUGUCCACCAAGGAUCUGCUGGAGGACCUGACGGACUGGCGCUGCCUCUAUCUGGCCGGACGGCUGCACAAGCCGGUGGAGAUCAUACGGAACGCUUCCAGCUCGAAAAUACAGAACGCCAUCGAGCAGAACCUUCGGUCGGCCGUACACGCGGCCCUGUUGCUACUGCCGGAGAAGUUUACCGAGUUCGAGCUGUACCGGGCAAUAUCGAACCUAAGCUACAGUGGAGAUUUUCGAAUGAUUUUCGGCGAAAACAAGGACAAAGUCAACAACAUUGUGCGCCCCCAGCUGGAGAACUUUCGCAACCUGUAUUCGGCUUCGUUUGAAGAUUUCCACCACUGUCUGGAGCUGCCGAUCAGCGGAAGCGAUAAUCAAAUCUGCACACAGGAUCUUUCCGAAGCAUCCGUACUGGCCCACCUGAACGGGCUUCCCAAGUGGCCAAUACGGCUGAUCGUGGAGCGCCAAACGAGUGGGCGGUAUCGGCAAGACACGGAGGACAUUUUGAUAGGGGUGUCCCGAUCGACCAACUACCAGUCGAUUGUAGCGUCCAGCCUGCGGUCAAUUGUGUGGGCCAGCAGCGUUUGGCAAUCGAUUAAAAAUAUUCCCACGGCUGGAUUGGCCAAAUCGGUGCGCUACAGUUGGGCGAAAGCGCUGAAGACGUUUAGCUAAUAGUGUAUACGUUGUGCGCUGCCGCUUGGAAAGAUGAAACGAACACACUAGUCUCGAAUGUGCUCAAUAAAAAAAAACAAGUUGAUAAAAUGUUA